AUGCUAGAAUUCCGCACACAAGGCUUCCAAGGCUACGCAGUCAAGUACUCCCCUUUCUUUGACAAUCGCAUAGCAGUCGCUGCGGCAGCAAAUUAUGGCCUCGUGGGAAAUGGGCGGCUGUAUGCGCUGGAGCUGACUCCUCAAGGCAUUGUGCCUGUCAAAGUCUAUCCUACGCAAGAUGCGCUCUACGAUGUAACGCACUCCGAAGCCCAUAGCUCGCAUCUCCUCACUGCCUCCGGCGACGGCUCAUUACGACUCUACGACACCUCCCUUACUCCCGAAUUUCCCAUUGCCAAGUUCGAAGAACAUUCGCGGGAAGCCUUCUCCUGCAGCUGGAAUCUUACAUCAAAAGCAACCUUUGCCUCAUCGUCAUGGGACGGCACCGUCAAAAUAUGGAGUCCGGAACGGCAGCAGAGUCUGCUGACACUACCGACCCAUUCCUGCACGUACAGUGUCCAAUGGAGUCCCCAUACUGAUGGCAUGCUCAGCGCAGUGUGCUCAGACAGUCAUCUGCGGGUGUGGGAUUUGAGAACACCCGCCAGCGCAAGUAACCAUCUCAUAUUGCAAAUCCCUAUUCAUGCGGCUCCCUUAUCGGCCGGCGUCGGGGCUGGGAAGAUCCAACCAACCUUCCCACCUGCUGAAGCUCUCACUCACGAUUGGAACAAGUAUCGAGGCCCAGUCGUCGCCACGGCCGGAGUCGACCGAAUCAUUCGAACAUUUGAUAUCCGUCAGCCCAAGGGCCCCCUAAACAUGUUACAGGGACACGGCUACGCGGUGCGGAAGGUUGCAUGGAGCCCACACCUCCCCGAUCUGUUACUCAGCGCCAGCUACGAUAUGACUUGUCGUGUCUGGACGGAUGGCGGCGAGCAGGGAGGGCCCGCUAGAGAGCUCGGUAGUAUGGGUCGACAUACCGAGUUCGUGACGGGCGUGGAUUGGUGCUUGUUUGGCAGUGAAGGGUGGGCGGCCAGCUGUGGCUGGGAUGAACUUCUUUGUGUCUGGGAUGUGCGAACAGUCAUGCACUCGUGA